GUAGACGGUGGUGUGAAGUACUGUCUUGUGCUACCAUAUCUUUACCCGAGCUCGACACCCAAAUUAGUCUAGCCAUAUAGAUAAGUGAUCAGUCUUGUGCCGGGACGCAAGCAGUCUGAUGUCACUAUACAGUGUCACGGACUCUUCCACAUGUUUUCCAGUGAAACUUUUAGCACCAGUAUAUAUGAUCUAGUUCAUCCAGCCGAAAAGCAGAUGUAUAUCUGCUUCAAAGCAGCUCAGCUUGUCUAGAAGGCUAAUAGCCUUACCAGUCUUAGGUAAAGCCGGUCGAUUCGAUCCGUUCAGUUUGGUUUUACCCUGAGACUGCUGAUCUCCUUCUUGCCUUCUCAACUUUGAAUAUGGCGGAUCUCAAUCACGAUGCACCAACAAUGUAUAGCAGUUUGGACUGGGACCACUACGCCCGAUGGCGACCACCGUACCCGCAGUCGCUGAAAGACCUGAUUUAUGGCUAUCGCAGUGAACACUCUGGAGCCGGUUGGAAACGAAUUGUCGAUGUUGGCGGUGGUGUUGGGAUUUCCUCGGCGAUCUUUGCCUCAGACUUUGGCACUGUGCAUCUCCUCGAUCCCAGUCCUUUGAAUCAUCAGAUGGCACGGAAAUACCUGGGCCAGUUGGUGGAGCAACAGAGCCUCCAAACUAAGCUAGACUUCACGCAAGCGACUGCCGAAGAAGGCCAUAAGUUCGUGAAAGACGCAGACAUGCUCAUUUGCGCCGAAACAGCACAUUUUAUCGAUCCUGAAGAACUCGUCAAGUCUGCAGCUGCGAUUCUUCGCCCGGCUGGCACAUUAGCUAUUUACAGCUACUGGGGGCCGAUUUUUCCCGACCAGUCGAGGGAACUCAGCGACGCAUUCUGCAAAGUCAUCACUCGAGCACUGGGCUGUUGUCUCAAACCAGGUGAUGAAGAAGCGCGAUCGAGGCUCGGGAGCGCUGCGGCUCGGGUAUCAGCGGGAAAGAGCGUGCUUGAUUCUAUUCCUGUUCCGGAGGAGUAUUUCGAAGACAUCCGUCGAGUACGGAUCAACCCUGAUGCCGAGAGAGCGAUUGAGGUCUUCAGAAAAAGUUUCCCCGUCGAUCAUGAACCUGCUCCCUCCCGUAUCGGCAACAAUGAUAAGCAUUUCAUCUAUCAGAGUGGUUGUGAUCCCGAAGCAGAAGGAUGGAGCUUUUUGGUCGAUAACAGGUGGCUCCACAACUUCAUUGCCACUAUGCGCCCGACUGACGUUGAGCUGAGCGAUGAGGAACAGAAGGUUAUCUUUGGGGAGUGGGAUAUGCUUUUCGCGAAUGAAUGCCCAUCCGGGUCUACGCGAGCCUUAUGGGCUGUAAACGUCAUCCUCGCUACGCGGAGAUAGGGUCGACGAACCAAGGGGAUGUUUAUCGAAGUAUAAGAUGUCUAACGGAGCUCGGUCGAUUCUAUGGGCGUUUUUCAAAACUUCGUUCGAGGUAAGAGCGCCUGAUGCACAUGACCGGGGCGCAGUUCACUGCCCGAAGAUAAUACCCGUUUACCAGCGCUGCGCUAAGAGUAGUGGUCACUCGCGCUAGAUAUAAAUAUGUGCCAUGAGUAACUUAAGCGUCUUA